AUGGUAUUCCGCUCCCCCCUAGACCUCUAUUCCUCCCACUUCUUGUUGCCAAACUUCGCCGAUUCUCACCACUGCUCCCUACUUCUGGCGAGUAGCGGCGGCGGCGGGAGCAGUGCGGGCGGCGGCGGCGGCGGCGGCGGCGCGGGAGGAGGCGGCGGCGGCGGGAACCGUGCGGGAGGCGGCGGUGCUGGCGGAGCAGGCGGCGGCGGCGGCGGCGGCGGCGGCGGCUCCAGGGCCCCCCCGGAAGAGUUGUCCAUGUUCCAGCUGCCCACCCUCAACUUCUCGCCGGAGCAGGUGGCCAGCGUCUGCGAGACGCUGGAGGAGACGGGCGACAUCGAGCGGCUGGGCCGCUUCCUCUGGUCGCUGCCCGUGGCCCCCGGGGCGUGCGAGGCCAUCAACAAACACGAGUCGAUCCUGCGCGCGCGCGCCGUCGUUGCCUUCCACACCGGCAACUUCCGCGACCUCUACCACAUCCUGGAGAACCACAAGUUCACCAAGGAGUCUCACGGCAAGCUGCAGGCCAUGUGGCUCGAGGCGCACUACCAGGAGGCCGAGAAGCUGCGCGGCCGCCCGCUCGGCCCGGUGGACAAGUACCGCGUGCGCAAGAAGUUCCCGCUGCCGCGCACCAUCUGGGAUGGCGAGCAGAAGACUCAUUGCUUCAAGGAGCGGACUCGGAGCCUGCUGCGGGAGUGGUACCUGCAGGAUCCCUACCCCAACCCCAGCAAGAAACGCGAACUGGCGCAGGCCACCGGCCUCACUCCCACACAAGUAGGCAACUGGUUUAAGAACCGGCGACAGCGCGACCGCGCCGCAGCGGCCAAGAACAGGCUCCAGCACCAGGCCAUCGGACCGAGCGGCAUGCGCUCUCUGGCCGAGCCCGGCUGCCCCACGCACGGCUCGGCAGAGUCGCCCUCCACGGCGGCCAGCCCGACCACCAGUGUGUCCAGCCUGACGGAGCGCGCGGACACCGGCACUUCCAUCCUCUCGGUAACCUCCAGCGACUCGGAAUGUGAUGUAUGA